AUCUAGGCUAGAUAUGCCGAGAAGUUUUAAGUGUCGCACACUAAUUAAAAGGAAUGAAUUAUUGUCUUGAUGUUGUGUUAUCUACGCUCCAAUUGUCCAUGUUUGAGGUGUGAGAAAGUGUUAAUUGUCCUACAUUAGUUAAACGAGUGUGGACUAUGUUCAUUUAAUUAGCUAACUUUUGACGUUGAGUAAGACCAGACGGACAUUUUGUUGACAUUAAUAUUGAUGGAAACACAAAGUGUGUGUUUGGGGGGGGGGGGGGGUAACUAGUGAACUAUUUUAUUCUUCUAGUCUUUUUAUUGGUAAUAAAGAUUUGUCUUGAUGCAAGUUCAUAGCCAGCUCAUUCCACCAAGGAUUAGCCCCAAAACUUAUCCCAUAAAUUUCACACAAUCCCCUCUUACUACUCCACAAAUCAACUCACCAUUCACAUAUUACUCUCUAUCCCACCUUUCUCUUCCAACAAUGGCUCAUCAAAAGCCUCUUUCUCUCAUUCUUCUAUCUUUAAUCCCACUUUUCUUCAUUCUUUUUCCUCAAACAAUUCAAGCUCAAUCUCCAACAGCACCAGCUCCAGCACCCACAGGACCAAUUGACAUCUUUGCAAUCCUCAAGAAAGAAAAUCAAUACAACACAUUCAUCAAAUUCCUCAAUGAAACACAAGUUGGAACCCAAAUCAACAACCAAGUCAACAAUUCCAACGAAGGCAUGACAGUUUUUGCACCAUCAGACAAUGCAUUUAACAACCUCCCAGGUGGCACACUCAACAAACUGAAUGACCAACAAAAAGUACAACUCAUCCAGUACCAUGUCAUACCAAAGUUCUACACAUUUGAUGACUUACAAACAGUUAGCAACCCUGUUAGGACACAAGCAACAGGACAAAAAGGUGAGCCUUUUGGACUUAACUUUACUGGACAGAACAAUCAAGUGAAUGUCUCAUCUGGUGUUGUGACAACAAAUAUAUACAAUGCUAUAAGGAAAGACCGCCCAUUGGCUGUUUUCCAAUUAGACAAAGUUUUGUUGCCUGUGGAGUUUACUGAUGCUAAGGCUCCAUCUACUGAUGAUGCACCUGCCCCUUCUGGUGACACUACCAAGAAAGGUACUAGUGCUGAUAAUACAAAAGCUAACGAGCCAUCACCAGCCAGUACUACUCCAAAUGAUGCUAAAAGGAUUAGUGUUGGAAUUCUUGGUUUGAUUUCUGGUGUUUUCUUGAUGGGAGCACUUUCUUGAGUGGCAGGUUAUAACGGACAUGUGGGGUUCGGAGAAGGACUGGACCACAAAUUAUACAGCUCUUAAAUUAUGAUCUUUUGCUUAUAAAAAUUCAUUCCUGCCAUUUUGUAACUCCCUCUUUUUUUACUUUUAUCUUCUUGAUGUUUGAUUGUUGUUUGUUAAUUUUUACGAUUUGAUUCUUUUUGUGCUGUAAUUUCUUCUUCUUAUAAGUAUUACAGUUGUACAAUCUUGCAAA